UUCAGUGUAAACUUCAGUCAGUUAGGUAGUUGUUUAGUGAUCAACGAUGUGUUGACUUUGUUUGUGGAGUAGAUUUACGAUGUGCUAACUACUGUAUUACCUUGUAUCAUGUGAUUUUAAAUAUUUUUGUUGUGCAUAAGUAUAUUUUGUUGACUAGUGUUUUAGAAGAAGAACCUAUGUGUUAUUAUUUUUAGUGUCAUGUAUUGUAUUAUGAAAGAUAAUGAAUUCUGGAAGAAAUAGUCAAAUUCUAUAUACAUGGCUUUAUAUGUUAUUAACAUAAAUAAAUGUGGCUUAUUAUAUGUAUGAUAUUAUUGAUAGUAUAUUUUUGUAAAAAGUGUUAAAAUGACCGUCACAUACACCGGAGAAGUAGCCACUUGCCGUGGUUUUGGGACCUUUCUAAAAGUUUUGUACAGAUGGCGCGGAAGUAUUUACAAAUUGGUAUGGCUGGAUCUGUGCGUGUUUCUACUUAUUUAUUACGUCCUCAAUCUAACCUACCGUCUUCUGUUAGACGCAGAGUCCAAAAAAACAUUCGAAGGCGUGGUAAACUACUGCAACUUCCACGGCAACGUGAUACCGCUGUCGUUUGUGCUGGGUUUCUACGUGACAGUGGUGAUGAACCGCUGGUGGAGUCAGUACACCAGCAUACCCUGGCCGGAUUCCAUCGCUGUCUUCAUUUCCGCUACUAUACACGGCCAGGACGAACGAGGCCGGUUGCUCAGAAGAACGAUAGUUCGCUAUGUGUGCCUGUGUCUCACGAUGGUGCUAUCAAUGAUCUCACCCCGCGUCAAGAAGAGGUUCCCGACCCUCGACAACUUUGUCGAAGCUGGUCUGCUGCUAGAUAACGAGAAAAGUAUUCUCGAAAACUUAAAUGACAAGUUUCCCAAACCUUCUAAACACUGGUUGCCGAUAGUAUGGGCGGCAAGUAUAGUGACGAGGGCCCGCAAAGAGGGCCGUAUACGAGAUGACUUUGCUGUAAAGACUAUUAUUGAUGAACUAAACAAAUUCAGAGGACAAGCUGGAUUACUCCUCAGUUAUGACACUAUAAGUGUUCCUCUUGUAUAUACUCAGGUAGUUACCAUAGCAGUUUAUUCGUAUUUUAUAACGUCUGCGUUGGGUAGUCAAUGGGUGGACAACAAACUAAACACCAGUACAACAUCAGCGUACAUUAGUAAUAUAGAUCUUUACUUUCCUAUAUUUUCUACAUUAGAAUUCUUCUUCUACAUGGGCUGGUUGAAAGUGGCCGAGUCUCUAAUAAACCCCUUUGGCGAGGAUGACGAUGAUUUCGAAGUCAACUGGCUUAUUGAUAGGGACUUGCAGGUGUCAUACAUGAUAGUAGACGAGAUGCACCACGAGCACCCUGAGCUGCUGAAGGACCAGUACUGGGACGAGGUGUUCCCGUCGGAGCUGCCGUAUACGAUAGCGACGGAGAACCAGCGGGAGGAGCACCCUGAGCCGUCGACGGCGCGUGUGGCCGUCCCGCCCCGGCAGCGCAGCAUGGUCACCGUCAACCCCUCCACAGUCAAGAUCGACGAGAUGGUCCCCUCCAACACCGUGAGUUACAAGUUCGCCCCGCCAGAGCAACUUCAGAUGAACGAUGACGCACAGUCGGGAAUACACUUCAUCGUGUCUCGCGGGAGCAGCAAGCGCGGGAAGAAGGAGGACAGGAACUCGAUGGGGUCGACGAACUCGAUGGCGUCCCUGCAACAAACUCCCAUGACGCGGGCGAACUCCGUCACCUCCAUGCUUAAGAGACUGUUCUCGAAAGAAGAACAGAGACAACCAGCGGUGCAAGUCUCCACAACAGAUGGCACCGGUUCUAGGUUUAUGAUAUCGGCAAGUAACCCGACACUAAACAAGCCGGCCACUGCGGGUGGUGGCAGUAUGAAGAUAGCGAACGAAGUCAUCGAGGAAGUGGAUGAACAGGCCACCAUCACCAGCAUGGGCAAACGACCCGAAACUAGGCCAACAGCAAUGAGUUUAUUCCAACAAGGACCGCCAACGCCCAGUGAGCCGGUUGAUGUGCCAUCUAGAAACUCAAACCAUAGUUCUUCAAUCCGUCCAGACACUAGGCUAUCGUCGUCAGCGCCGAACCAGUGGACGCGGUCGCUGGGCCCGGAGGCGGAGGAGGCGAGCCCGGCGGCGGCGUCACUGUCCACGCAGCCCUCGUUCAGCGUGCCCGAGGAGCGCCCGCGGCUUGAUAGCGACGUGGGGCCCUCGCUCAGCGCCGCCGGCAGCCAAACACUGCUGGACGAGGUGGACGGCGGUGAUGAGGCCGACAUGGACGAGUUCGACCGCCUGCGUAACACGCGCGAGCAACACCGGCGCGCCAAGUACUUGCAGAAGAUGAUGGCCCGCUCCAUUAGUGCACAACAGCAAACUGGCGGCAGUGGCGAACUGAUAGACAACGACCUAUUAUUGGAGGAAUUACUGAUGCAAUCCGAAGCACAAUUAAAGAAAGAUAAUGAAAAAGACAGUAAAGUAGAAACUACCUGACACAACAAAAGCUUUAUAUUCAUGUGGGAUUAAUUUCUAAAUAAAAGACAUCUCAUUGCAUUUACAGUAUUAAGAAUGUGAUACAUUGGUACCUCUACUUAUGUAGUUUGAUGAAUCAUUUAAAUCAUGUGAUCAGCGAGAUCAAGCUUUAUUAUAGUAAAUUAUUUUACUUUUAAGUAUAAUUAUUAUACUGCUAUUACAAAUGAAAUGUUUUUAUUUACCUAUAGUAUUAAACUUAGUUUUUUGAAAACAAACCACAUUAGUCUGUAGACAAUUCUCUGAACCUGAAGGCACAAUCAAAGUGUAAUUAGUAUUCGUAACUUGAUUUUAAGUAUGUAAUCAUUACAUGGGCCAUGUCUUUGUCAAAUUGAUAGUAACGCUCUGACACCAGGAUUGAUGAGGUUGUACAUUGAUCACAAUAUUCUUUUUAAUAUAAAAAAGCAUCUUGCGUAUACGCCACGAAAGAAGUCCCACAGAUUUUAACAGAAACUGCAACAUCAGCUAGGCUAUGGGGCUAUUUUUGUAUGAAAACUGUCAUCAACUAUUCGGAAAAACUAUUGGUCACUCAUCGCCACACCUUUCCCCAUAACACUUCCACAUGUUGCAAAGCUAUAUAUAAACCUAUUCUGACAUUUUUACAAACUUGAAUGAAAAUUAUGUAAGUUUUCAUAUUAAUAAAAAAAUACUUCCUACCUCUUCCUUAUAAUGCUA